AUGGUCAGCCCCGCCCCUACCACGGCGAAAAACACCCCUAAGAUUACCACCCCCACAAACAAGGCCAGCUGUUUCUCCUCUUCUAUAUCUACAACAACGAGCGUCAUUACCUCGGAUAACUUCCCCGCCAACUACCCGCAAUCAUCCAACACAGUGUACCGGUUCGAUGUUCCGGACUCGGACAGAGUUUUAGUCACCUUCACCAAUUUCUCAAUUCAAUUCAGCUUCAACUGCGUUUUAGACGCGUUAGAAGUGUUCUACAGAUACGAAGAGAGCUAUAAAUUCUUGACAAAGUAUUGCGGAACAUGGGAUCCGUUCUCGGUCGUCAUUUUAUCUUCAAAAGGCGCGUUCAGGAUGAUAUCAGAUUCUUCAUACGAAAGUAAAGGGUUUCGUGCCGAAUUCUCAGCGAUCAAAGAAGAUUAUGACAAAACAGUUAAUAAUACAGAGGGCAAGGUUUCGUCUCCUCGUUACCAUGGUGAAUACCCUAACAACGCCGAUCACUACAUAACCAUAUUAAACCAGAAGGGCUCGCGAAUAGUUCUCCAGUUCCUUCUCUUCGAUGUUCAUUCAAGUGAUUUUUUGGAGAUACAAAAUGGAAUCGAUCCAUUUUCUCCUACGCUAGUGAAAUUAUCGGGCACCAAACUCCCGAACACAGUUUAUGGAUACGGAAAGGGCAUUCGGCUACACUUCCAAUCCGAUUUGAUCUUUACGCAGGCUGGAUACCUGGCUAAAUAUAAAGUGGAAAAGAUAAAGGAGUGCCUUGAAACGGACGCUGGGGCAGACUAUUCGGGUACACAAAGUACUGCGGUGUCGGGGGCCACGUGUAUGUCCUGGCAUGAUGCGGGUAACAGCACCGAAUUACAGCGCCUACCCGAGAACUUCUGUAGGAACCCGGAUGGCCGCCCUUCCCCCUGGUGCUUCACCAGUCAGGGCGUGAUAGAAUUUUGUUCCAUCGAAAAAUGUCGUGAAAUAACAGACAACAGUACGCAUAAACCGCUGACCCCAGGUACUGGAAUAAAGGUCAAACCUGGGGAUACCGGACAAACAGAUGGCGUCACAGAGGCAAAUAAAGUUACGGGAGGCACUGCAUUGAAAACAAACACAACUAAAGUUAUAGAGCCCGCCGGAAAACCCGACGACACGCUCUAUGUGAAUACCAGAAAUGGACAGCAAGGAUCCCACAGAGACGUACUGAUCCCUGUCACGAUCGGAGGGGUUUCUUUCUUUGUGGCAGUUAUGGUACUGAUUGCUGUGGCCGCAAAAAGGCGACAAACAAGAAACAACCAAGACGAAAGUUAUGAGCGACGCCCAAGUGGCGUACAUCCUGUCGACGAAGGGGCUUCCACUUCCGGUGAAGCAAGGUAUGGCCGUUCAAAGUACCACCCCAGCAACAUCCUCGUUCCGUCCGAAGAGAUCACAUAUACCGCCAUAGACGCCGCUGUUGACCAAUCAGAACCAUGUACGGGAAGCAUCAGUAGUUUUGACACGAUGGACACAACGUUGAGGAGAUUUUGCGAUGGUAAACGAUUGGCCAUUCAUUUUGACGAGGACGGUUAUGGCAUUGUUGAUGAGGAAUUAAAAGAGGAUUUUAACGACAAUCGGUUCAUUCGGAAAAAGCCACGCGAUGGGGAUUACGACCAUCUAAGAUCUUUUAAAGUUAAAUGGGAGAAGGCGGACGAAGAAGUGGAGGCUCUUUACGACAAUUGUCAGGCUAAGGUGAUUCGAGAGUGUAAACUGAGCGACGUGUUCGAUGAUACCUAUGAUCAUACCACGACAUCCAUGUUGAAGAACAGUCUUAGAGAGAGUAAAGACCAGUCGGGAUCUGGUUCUAACGUUUACCACGACUGUCUGUCACAAGUACCGGAAGAUUCAUAAAACAGAUGCAGAGUGAAGUGACUCGAUUUACUGUGAUAUACCAAAUAGUAUUAAUUUUAUAUUCCAAUCAGGGAAAUUGAUUAUAUUUAUAUAAUCCAAUCUUUACACGCAUUGUUAUUUAUUGCCUAGCCAAUCAAUUGUUAAUGUUAGUAUCGGAUGUUAUUGUCUUUCGUAAAUGACUUCAAAAACUUUAUUUCCAUAAAAACUGAUGAUUUCUUAAAAACAUUUUUUCAAAAGUUUCCAGUACUCUUUUUCUUAUUACAAGUUUAGAAAUAUAUUGAGAUUUGUCAUAAAACGGAAUAAUGUUUGUAAAAAAAAAAACGUGUAUCAAAAUACUAAGUUUGGAGAACAUGUUUUUGUAGCAAC